UGGGGGAGGCAGUGAGCACCUGGGCAACGGAGAUGGGUCAGCCAGGGGGCGUGGCUUUUAGAGAAUGGGCGUAGCUUCUGGAGAAUCGGCGUGGCCUCUGCACAGAUAAGCUCCCCUGCCACCUGAGGCUCCUGCAGACCUAAGACAGGGCGUCGAGGUCGGUCUGGGGCAACUGUUGGCGUUGCUCGCUGUACUUCUGAUCCUGCUGUACUUCUCUCGCCAGCCCCAUGGUGCACUCCCAGCUACCUGCCCUGUCUCUUCUCUGCCUCUUCUGCGCACUCCUGUUGCUGCCUCCGGAGCUGACUCUGGGGAUGCCUCAGAAUUUCACCGAGGUGUCUAAAAAAGAUUUGAAGGCUGUCCUGACCUUUGCCGUGCCACAAUACAACCAGGAAAAAAAAGACAAUGCCAACUACUUCAAGCUGAAGGGUUUGGCGGCGCUUAUGAAGGUGUUUACUGGGACCGAAUACAAUAUUAAACUGGUCUUGUUGAAAACAGUAUGUAAAAAGACGGCCGGUAAGAGAAAGACAUUUGACGAGAUCCAGGAAUGUAAGGAACUUCCAAGGUAUCCACAGAAAUUAACGUCCUGCUUUAAAGUCAGACCCAGUCCUGUGCCCAAUGAAAUGAUCUUGAAAACCAGAAAGUGUUUCGUAUCUUGAUCGACGAAGGACCCCUUAUGCGCAGGCGAAGGAUUCUGAGGAUGUCCAGCAGCCGAGCGAGUUCCGGUGUGCAAGCUGUGUUCACAGCAAGCUUUGCUUCUUCUGACACGAAUCGGGAAAGGAAUGGUUUGCUUAAGCCCAAAAUUCACAUUUUCUGAGUUUCUGAAAUUGUUCCUUGACAUACAUGGAGGCUUGUU